UCGAUCUGGCCUCGGCCGUGAUGUGUCCAUCGACCCAGACGAGGAGGGGGCUGCGGAAGGGGGUGUUGGAAGCGGGAGAUGGGGGCUUACCAAUCCGCGCCGACGGAGACUUCCGUCCAUCAAUUCACCGUCAAGGAUGGCAGCGGCAGGGACGUUGAUCUGGGGAUCUACAAGGGCAAGGUGCUCCUCGUCGUCAACGUCGCCUCCAAAUGUGGGUUCACGAAUAGCAACUACACCCAGUUGACUGAACUGUACAACAAGUAUAAAAGCAAAGAUUUUGAGAUUUUAGCAUUCCCAUGCAAUCAGUUCUUGCAUCAAGAACCUCAGACAGAGCAGGAAAUAAAGGACUUUGCUUGCACAAGAUUCAAGGCUGAGUUUCCAAUUUUUCAGAAGGUUAAAGUAAAUGGACCAGAGACUGUUGCUGUUUACAAGUUUCUUAAGGCAAGUAAACCAGGUUUUAUGGGAAAUAGGAUCAAGUGGAAUUUCACCAAGUUUCUGAUUGACAAGGAAGGCAAGGUCAUCGGUCGAUAUGGGACAACAAAGUCUCCGUCGUCCAUCGAGCAAGACAUCCAGAAAGCACUUGGAAGCUAAAAAGGGAGAAGGAAAGCACUUGGGAGGGAUCUACCAGUGUAUAUGAGUAACGGUGCAUCACUAUGUUCCUGGACAUACGUAAAGAUUUGCUUUCGUUUUCCGUCUUUGUUUAACAUCUUAGUUGUGUAGAUAUUUGGCUAUAGCCCACCAGCUGUCCACACACUAUAUGCACUUGUGUGUAUGUUUUGUUAUUUACUCUUAAUUAUGUUUGAGAUGUCACUUAA